AUGGGAUCGUCAAAGGGUGUCUUCGAACAGAUCUUGGGUUCAGGCUCCCCGCUGGCCUCCGUAGAUCCGGAGCAGAAAGAGAUCCCGCCAACGGAACCCUUGACUUCAAACCGACAUCAUGGCCAGCAUUCACCCAUGAAGUCUAGUCGAGUGGACACGGCCCCGGAUGCUCGUUCGGGCCCGCGCUUUGGCAAUGCCAACCGCUCGUCGAGCCGCACCCCCCGACGAUUUAGCGGAAGUACGGCGGCAAGCUCUAUCAGUGAAUUGGAGCCCAGUGGGACCAAAUUGUGGAGGAUUGGCGUCUGUGCCUUAGAUGUGAAAGCUCGCAGCAAGCCCAGCCAGAACAUUCUUACUCGGCUCCAAGCCAAGGGUGAGUUUGAGGUGAUUGUUUUUGGAGAUAAGGUGAUCCUGGAUGAAGAGGUAGAGAACUGGCCAGUGUGUGAUUUUCUCAUCGCCUUCUUCUCGGAUGGAUUUCCCCUUGAUAAAUCCAUCGCCUACGCCAAACUCCGGAAGCCAAUCUGUGUCAAUGAUUUGCCGAUGCAAAAGGUUUUAUGGGAUCGAAGAUUGUGCCUGAGAAUUCUAGACCAAAUGGGAGUUCCCACACCCCAGAGAGUCGAGGUGAAUCGCGAUGGUGGGCCAGUUCUGGAGUCAUCGGACCUCGCUCAGCACAUAUACCGGCUGACAGGUGUCAAGUUGGAGGGCCCCGAAGAUGGCACGGGUGGCGGUGCUCCGAGGACCCAGCAGGUAUCCAUGUCGGAGGAUGGCGAGGCGCUGAUAGUGGAUGGUAAAGUCUUCAGGAAGCCCUUUGUGGAGAAGCCCGUGAACGGGGAAGACCAUAAUAUCCAUAUCUACUUCCCCAACGAUCAACAGUAUGGCGGUGGUGGACGGAGGCUUUUCCGAAAGGUCGGGAACAAAAGUUCGGAGUACGAUGCCAGCCUCUCUGUGCCUCGCUCCGUCACGGAGACUGAGACAAGUUACCUAUACGAGCAGUUCCUUCGGGUGGAUAAUGCAGAAGACGUGAAGGCGUAUACAGUGGGCCCCGACUUUUGUCACGCUGAGACACGUAAGUCACCCGUCGUUGAUGGGCUCGUCCGGCGAAAUACCCACGGUAAAGAACUACGCUAUAUCACUCAAUUGAGCAAAGAAGAAGCUGCAAUUGCGUCGAAGAUAUCGAACGGAUUCGGUCAGAGAAUUUGCGGCUUUGAUAUGCUUCGUGUUGGGGAUAAGAGCUAUGUGAUCGAUGUGAAUGGCUGGAGUUUUGUCAAGGACAACAACGAUUACUAUGACAAAUGUGCUCAGAUUUUGCGUGACACCUUCUGGACCGAGAUGCGCAAGGUUGAGGGCUCGAUGGAGCUUUCGGAACCCCCUUCCCCGGACCUGGGUCAAUCCAGAAGAAGUACGGCGGGCUCUCAUCGACAAGCAUUGAAGACAUUGCUGAAGUCACCAAGUACAUCCCGCCUCUAUGGUAAUCAGCAUGCUCCUAGAUCCCAAGACGCUCCCCCUUCAGAUGUAUCGACCGGUGCUCCUUCUUUGGCAUCCUCAUCCGGGCUAGAGAGCGCCGAACCUACCGUGAAUUUGAGCAGCAUAAACUCGCGAGAAUGCCAUUCAGACCCUCGUGGCUAUAGUCCUUCCAAUACAAAGUCACCGGCUGUUUCCCUUCACCAAGCCAGCGAAGGAACCUUGCCGCCCCUUCCGGCUUCGAAACACUCCUGGAAACUCAAGGGAAUGGUAGCAGUGAUCCGGCAUGCCGAUCGCACGCCCAAGCAAAAAUUCAAGUUUACCUUCCACAGUCAGCCUUUUGUGGAUCUUCUGAAGGGACACCAAGAGGAGGUGGUCAUCAAGGGAGCAGCGGCGCUCUCUAGCGUUUCCGAUGCCGUGAAACUGGCAUUGGAACAAGGUCUCGAAGAUAUAGACAAGUUGAAUCUUCUUCGUGUAUCCCUGGAGAAGAAGGGCGGAUGGCCUGGCACAAAAGUGCAAAUCAAGCCCAUGUUCCGGAGGCGUAGGCCCGAGGAAAUGCGGGAUCAAGUUUCAUCUCCAGUAUCCCCAUCGGCACCAGGCAAAAACGUGUCUGAAGAACCCCCCUCGCCUAUACUAAGUGAAGCCGGGCAAGACGGCGAGGCAUUGCGCGGCUCCCAAACACGCAGCGAUUCGAUCUCCGGCCCAACAUUCUCUCGAUUUUCAGCCGUGGAGAAUGAUUUGAUCUUGGAUAAGCUCCAGCUGAUAAUCAAAUGGGGAGGGGAACCUACACACGCAGCACGCUAUCAAUCACAGGAUCUGGGGUUGAAUAUGCGCGAUGAUCUUAAGCUGAUGAAUAAGGAGGCUCUCAAUAAUGUCCGUCUUUUUACCAGCUCCGAGCGCCGAGUGAGCACAAGUGCUCAAAUUUGGGCUUGCUCCUUUUUGGACCAGAAAGAAAUCCCAGUAGACCUCAUUCAAGUUCGAAAGGAUCUGCUUGAUGACUCUAAUGCCGCGAAAGAUGUCAUGGAUAAAGUGAAAAAGAAGCUGAAGCUGCUCCUGAGGGAGGGAUCUGCCCCUUCACAGUUCACAUGGCCCAAGGAUACUAACAUCCCAGAACCAUCUGUCGUUCUUUCUACGGUGGUGGAAUUGAUGAAGUUCCAUCGCAGUGUCAUGCGUCAUAAUUUUGCUAAGUUGGAUCCCUCAUUGCAGAGUGCCGAGGACCCCAGCCAGCCUGAUUCUCAACCCGACCAACCCCAUAUCGCCAAUGUCCAAGGGCGAUGGUGUGCGGGAGAAGACCCCCGCCUCUUCAAAGAGCGAUGGGAGAAGCUAUUUACCGAGUUCUGCGAUACCGAAAAAGUGGACCCUAGCAAAUUGUCUGAACUUUACGAUAGCAUGAAGUUCGAUGCCCUGCACAAUCGACAAUUCCUGGAAUGGGUCUUUAUGCCACCAGACAGCGACCGGGAUGAUGAUGAUAAGAGCAGCGUCAAGAGCAGGAGUCCAACCAAGUCCGAUUCAAUUGCAGAAAGUAAGAAUGGAACAGAAACCGGGAAUGAGAAACCCGAAGAACGUCCAGAGAACCCUACACUCGCCCAGCGCUUUGGCUUGAAAAAACGAUUCCAGGCACUCGAGCCUCUACCUCACCUCCGGGCCCUGGACGAUUCCUACGACCAUUAUUUCAAGCUUUAUCCUGGCUCCAAUUCCAACAAAUGCAAGAUGGAUGAGCGUCUGUCCAAGCUCCGGGAGCUAUACAAGCUGGCUAAAGUUCUAUUCGACUACGUCACGCCCCAAGAAUAUGGCAUCACGGACAGCGAGAAACUUGAAAUAGGUCUUCUCACAUCUCUGCCCCUUCUCCAAGAGAUUGUCCGAGAUCUAGAAGAAGUCCAGGCUUCUUCCGAUGCGAAAUCCUUUUUCUACUUCACCAAGGAGUCACAUAUCUACACACUUUUGAAUUGCAUCCUCGAAGGUGGCAUCCAGACCAAGAUCUCUCGCAGCACCAUUCCAGAACUCGAUUACCUCUCCCAGAUCUGCUUCGAACUCUACGAGGCCCGGGACAGCGAGUCCGACGUCAACUCAUACUCCAUUCGUAUCUCCAUCAGCCCCGGGUGUCAUGCCUUCGAUCCCCUAGACGUGCAACUCGACUCCCGGCAUGCGAUCGGAUGCGCUCCACGACGCAGUUUGACGGCACAUCAGGAUUGGAAAGAGGUGAUUGAGACCCUCAAAGCAAAAUUCGACACGUAA